UUCUCUACUCUAAUCCAGACAUGCCAAGAUGAAUACUUCCCAGCUCUCUGAAGCAUAGUGAUGCUGGCAUAGCAACAAUUGCCUAAGGAAGAUCAAGCUUAAGGCUAAAAUAAAUUAGUUUUAAUUGAAAGAACAGCGUUGAUCUGUUUCAUCCACUCUCUUUCUAUUGGAAAUUUGUAGACGCUCGUAACCUUUCAUCAUUACUUCCCAAAGCAAAGGGGACUUUCUAGCGCUUGCUUCUCGGAUUUGCCAGAGGAAGCGACUCGUUGCUGCUGUAGUUGGUAUCGUCAUGGUGUUGGUUCUUAUUAUAGCUAUACCGCUACUGGUCCAGAGUUCCAAGACCUCAGCUCACUACGAGAUGAUGGGAACUUGCAGGAUGAUCUGUGAUCCUUACAGUACCAAGCCCAGCAGUACAGCGGAGGAAGUCAUGCAAGAUCUGAGUGCUAUUCCUCCCCCACCGCUUUUUGUUCAGGGGACUAGUAAAGGGGAACCUGGGCGCCCAGGAAAACCGGGGCCCCGGGGUCCACCUGGGGAACCUGGCCCGCCAGGUCCAAAAGGACCUCCCGGAGAAAAGGGGGGAUCUGGAAAACCUGGGUACCUGGGUGCAGGGGGUACCGAGACAAGUGCCCUUAGUACACUAGUAAGUGGCACCAAGAUAGCUUUUUAUGUGGGUCUGAAGAGCCCUCACGAAGGAUACGAAGUUCUUAAGUUUGAUGAUGUUGUAACUAACGUGGGAAACCAGUACAACCCAGCAACGGGGAAGUUUACCUGCCACGUAUCUGGGAUCUAUUUCUUUACCUACCAUGUGCUGAUGAGAGGGGGCGAUGGAACCAGUAUGUGGGCAGACCUUUGUAAAAACGGACAGGUUCGCGCCAGUGCUAUUGCCCAGGACGCCGAUCAGAACUACGACUAUGCCAGCAACAGUGCAGUCCUUCAUCUAGACUCUGGGGAUGAGAUAUAUGUCAAACUGGACGGAGGGAAAGCGCAUGGAGGAAACAAUAAUAAGUACAGCACUUUCUCUGGUUUCAUUUUAUAUCCCGAUUAAAUAUCUCAAGCGAAGAUUGAGCACUUGUAACGUCUCCAGCUGUCUCUACGGGUCAUACUUUUCAUGCUUCAUUUAUACAUUUUUGUGGAAAACGCAAAGGUGUCAAUUUCUUCCUGUUUCUGCAAGUAAUGACGACGUAACCCUUGAGACCAUGUGUUUGAUUGUGACCAUUUUGAGCUUGGCAAUUUGUGGUGUAUUUACUAAAAAAAACAAAAAAAAAAAACAAUAAACAAUAAAUCUAAUUAAGAAAGGAAAACAAAUAUAUGGAUAACGUUAUGAUAAUGGUUUUUAGCUAUUUCCAUUAUUUCAAUAAACGUUAUGUUUUUGUAUACUGCGGUUUGUUCCAGUUAUUUAUGUGCAGAAAUAUAACAACGGGAUAUGUCUAGAUCAAGUGAGAGGCCAGUGUACAUUUAAUUAAAAGACUGGACAUUAAAAAGAAAAUCGUUUUACAGCAACUGUAAUUUUAGCUAAUCAUCACUUAACU